UAAAACUUGAAGCGUAAAGAGGUAUUUACACAAUACCAGUUGUGCUUUGGUGGAUGUUUGCCAGUACCCUACAAAGCUACAAUGUCCUAAAAAAGCCACAUGAUCCCAUCAUUUUUCUACUCUUUUCUCUCUCUCUCUCUCAAUCUCUUAAGGUAGCUCACCAAAUCCCACAAGCCACAAAAAUACACCGAAAACAUUACUGUUUAGUUUUUAUGACCAUCGUAUCAGUUUUUAUGACUACCUUAAACGACUGAAGACAAAGAAUAGAAGUUAAACUCAACUAUUUGUAUACCUCUUCAGAUAUAUAACCUUUUUCACUUUCCCACAGCUUGUGUAUUAAUUAAAUUUAUCCAAUUAUAGCAAAACAAAAGCAGAGAGUGGGAUUUGGAUCUUCUGAGAGACUCUUUUCAAAAGGAUGGAGGCGAUCCGGCGGCUUCUUCCGAGAUCUUCGCUGGCGGCUCUGUUCUUCGCCGUGCUCACUGUCGGCGCGUUCAUUUGCACGCGCUACCUCGACUCCUCGGUCACUCUCAUAGAGAGGAACUCCCCUCGAAAACCGACACUAACCGCCAACCAACCCAAAGACCACCACUCCCCCCAAACCCAACACCUAAAUGCCCCCCCUCAACUCCUAGACAUCCCCUUGAACUGCACUCACAACAGCCCGGCCCGUAUUUGUCCGGCCCACUACUACCCGUCCACAGUCCCCCCACUUCUGGCCAAGUGGGCCCCAUCAGGCAGCUGCCCGGACUACUUCCGUUGGAUCCACGAAGACCUGUGGCCAUGGAGAGAAACUGGCAUCACUGAAGAGAUGGUGAUGAGUGCAUCACGCACGGCUAAUUUUCGGCUGGUCAUAGUCGGUGGCCGGGCCUAUGUGCAGACGUAUAAGAAGUCCUUCCAGAGUCGGGACACUUUCACCCUAUGGGGAAUUCUGCAGCUGUUGAGGAGGUACCCAGGGAAGGUGCCCGAUUUGGACCUCAUGUUUGACUGCGUUGACUGGCCCGUCAUUAAAAAGCAACUGUUUAGCAGGCCGGAGUACCAGGCCCCGCCGCCUCUAUUCCGCUACUGUGGGGAUGACGAGACGUACGAUAUCGUGUUUCCCGACUGGUCGUUUUGGGGAUGGCCGGAGAUCAAUAUAAAACCAUGGGAGCAGUUGUUGAAGGAGUUGAAGGAGGGGAAUAAGAGGAUGAAAUGGAGUGACAGAGAUCCACAUGCUUAUUGGAAGGGAAAUCCAGUGGUUGCCGCUACUCGGAUGGAUUUACUCAAGUGUAAUGUUUCAGAUAAACAGGAUUGGAAUGCUCGGGUCUAUGCUCAGGACUGGUUAAAAGAACAAAAACAGGGCUACAAGCAGUCAGACUUAGCAAGCCAAUGCGUUCACAGGUACAAAAUCUACAUUGAAGGGUCUGCAUGGUCGGUGAGCGAGAAAUACAUUCUGGCCUGCAACUCCGUAACUUUGCUCGUGAAGCCUCACUACUAUGACUUCUUCACGAGAAGUUUGAUGCCUUUGAAACAUUACUGGCCGAUUAAGGAGGACGACAAAUGUAGGUCCAUUAAGUACGCGGUCGAAUGGGGAAAUAGCCACGGAAAAGCGGCUCGGGCAAUUGGUAAAGGUGCAAGCAGAUUCAUUUUCGACGAACUGAAAAUGGACUAUGUUUAUGACUACAUGUUCCAUCUCUUGAGCGAGUACGCUAAGCUCUUGAAAUACAAGCCAACUGUGCCACAAAAGGCCGUUGAACUUUGUUCUGAGUCGAUGGCUUGCUUUGCGCAAGGUUUCGAGAAGCAGUUCAUGACUGAGUCAUUGGUGAAGGGCCCGUCGGCUUACGGGCCGUGUGAGAUGCCUCCGCCUUACGGCCCAGCAUCUCUCCAUUCUGUUAUUGAGCAAAGAGAUAAUGGGAUAAAGAAAGUGGAGGACUGGGAAAGGGUAUAUUGGGAUAGUCAUGAUAAGCAAAUGUAGGGAUUUAAAAGUCCUUUUUGGCUUUUUUUACUUAGUUACAUGGAUGCAAUAUAGAAAUUGUAAUAAAGUUUUGUGUUUUGUUGCAAUGUUAGUUAUGCUCAUAGUGAGAUGCCUUGGCAUCACACUGUCUCAUUUUCUGAAUUGAAUAUUCAAAUAUGGGACUAGUUGUUCUUGAUCAUGGAUUUCAUGGUUGGUAGAAUUGGAAACAAAUACUCGAAGUUACAAAUUACCUCUUGUAGCAUGUAGGUUAUGUUUUAACAUAAAAUAAAAAGCCUCUUAUUUUAGCAGAGUUCA